AUGAGCGGUAAGGGAGCUUCUUCAAAAGCUUAUGACCUGAUAAUGAAGCUAUUGUUAGUGGGUGAUUCCGGAGUUGGAAAAUCGUGUUUGUUGUUGAGAUUUGUUGAAGACAAGUUCAACCCAUCCUUCAUCACUACCAUCGGUAUCGAUUUCAAGAUCAGGACAAUUGAAAGUAAAGGCAAAAAGAUCAAAUUGCAAGUAUGGGAUACUGCCGGUCAAGAAAGGUUCAGAACUAUUACUACAGCCUACUAUAGAGGUGCCAUGGGUAUAGUUAUCAUCUACGAUGUCACUGAUUCAAGAAGUUUCGAGAAUGUCGAAAACUGGUUCCAAACUGUGUCACAGCACGCGAAUGAGGAUGCACAGAUCUUUUUGGUUGGCAAUAAAUGCGACGAUGAUGUCAACAGACAGGUAAGCAAGGAGCAAGGUGAAGAUUUGGCAUCCAAAUUGCAUGUACCAUUUUUGGAAGCAUCAGCCAAGAGUAACGAGAAUGUUGAUGCUAUUUUCUACGAGUUGGCAGGUAUCAUCCAGGAAAAGCAUGUUAAUGAUGAUGCUGGAGCUGCCACCGGUGGAGGUGCUGGUGGCAUUGAUGUUUCGCAAGGUAAUUCAGGUGUCAAGAACAACUGUUGUUGA